AUGUCUCAUCUUACAUAUUCUGUUUACGAAGGCGAGGGCGAGUACCUCAGCAACUUCCUUCGCUACAGCCAAGCUGUCCGUGUUGGCGAUCGCAUUGAGAUCAGCGGCCAGGGCGGCUGGUCCCUUAAAGACGGAGAACUCUCAUUCCCGGAAUCUGACCUCGAGCAAAUUGACCAGGCCUUCCACAACGUCGAAAAGGCUCUCAAGGCGAGCGGUGGAAAGGGCUGGGAGCAGGUCUAUCGCGUCAAUUCAUACCACACUGAAAUCACUCCAGAAGUCGGCCAAAGAAUGAGUGAGAAUUUUAAGAAGUGGAUGCCUAACCACAAGGUCAUUUGGACAGAGAUUGGUGUUGCGCAAUUGGGAGUGCCUGAAAUGAAGGUUGAGAUUGAGGUGGUGGCAAUUGAUUCAGAGGGUGCAAGCAAAGCUUAG